AUGGCAACGGUUGGUCAAUUGUUGUUGGCUUACAUGAUCGUUAUGCUUACGGUUCUUUCCCUGUGUGCGAUAUCCACAAAUGGAGCAAUUGAAGGGGGAGGAGUUUACUAUAUGUUGAGCCGUUCAUUGGGUCCGGAAUUUGGUGGAGCAAUUGGUGUUCUUUUUUUCACUGCAAAUGUCUUUUCCUGCGCACUAUACAUUUCUGGUUUCACUGAAGCGCUCUUGAAUAAUCUAGGCGAGGGACGUGUGCCGACAAGUCCAACGUGGCAGUUUAUGUGUUGUGUUCUUGUAUCUAUUAUUCUGCUAAUUUUCUGUCUUCUCGGAGCUGGCAUUUUUGGGAAAAGCGCUUUCUUGACAUUUUGUGUUAUAUCUACCUGUUACUUUACUUAUGUUCUCUCUGUAUUUAUUAUGUCUCCUAAGGAUGUCCCGAUUCCUAAAACUAACGAGUUUGCUUACCUUGUCCCUUCGAACAGUACAGAUCCGUCCUCUGAGAAAGUCCCAGAUUUUACUCAAAAUCUGACUGCUCAUUACACAGGUUUCCGUUUCUCCACGUUAGCUAGCAACAUUUUGUCUAACUACACAGUCGACUAUACCACUCUGAAAGUAAUGGAUUUUCCAAUUAUGUUCGCAGUUAUUUUCAGUGGUGUUACAGGUUUAAUGGCUGGAGCGAAUAUGUCGGGCGAGUUAGCAAAACCUUCUGUUUCUAUUCCGAAAGGAACUGUUCAAGCUGUCCUAUUCACUCUUGGUGUUUAUAUCAUAACAGCUUUUACAACUGCUUCCACAUGCAGUCGGUAUCUUCUUCACAACGAUUAUUCGGUUAUGGCUGAUGUAAAUUUGAGUCCGUGGUUUAUAUUUAUCGGUAUCUUUUUUACGACAUUUUUUUCAUCGAUGAGUAACUUAAUUGGCUCUUCUCGUGUGUUAAAUCGUCUUGCUCAUGACAAGCUCUUUGGAUUUUUACUGCAUCCAGCAAAGAUUGAGAUUGCUUCUGGUAAUCCGGUAGUUUCAGUCUUGAUUACAUGGGUCUGUGUUGUGUUUGUCCUGCUCAUCGGCGCUGUAAACAAAAUUGCCAAACUGACAUCAAUAUUUUUCCUUUUGUCCUACAUGGGUGUCAAUAUCGCCUGUCUAGCUCUAGAAUUAACCAGCGCUCCGAAUUUUAGGCCCACAUUCAAAUAUUUUUCAUGGCAUACAUGUGCUUUGGGUGUUAUUUGUACUGCAGUGAUGAUGCUUGUUAUCGACACAGCUAUGAGUGCUAUAGCAGUAAUUGUCUUGAUGUUCCUUAUAAUGAUUCUUCAUUACCAGGCACCAGCUGGUUCUUGGGGAUCAAUAUCACAGGCACUUAUUUAUCAUCAGGUGCGUAAAUAUCUUCUUCUUUUGGAUGUUCGCAAGGAACAUGUAAAGUACUGGAGACCACAAAUCUUGCUUUUGAUAAGCAGACCAGCUUGUAGCACACCUCUUAUGGAUUUUGUAAAUGAUCUGAAGAAAAGUGGGCUGUACGUGAUUGGGCACGUCAAGAGAGGUUCUAUGGAUGAAAGCACGCAUGAUCCUUUACAACAAGUUUUCCCUUACUGGCUUUCGUUGGUAGAUUAUCUAAGGUUAAAAGCGUUCGUGGAGUUAACUGUUGCGAGAACUGUUCGAGAUGGAGCACAACAGCUGCUUCGUCUGUCAGGACUAGGUGCAAUGAAACCAAAUACCGUUGUACUUGGAUUUCAUGAACAAACAGCGCCAGAAACAGUCCUUGCUGAGUCUCAUCUCCUUAAGGACCUGAAGUUUUCUAGGAUUGACCGUACAGAAGUUGUUGAGUAUUUUACUGCUGCUGAUUAUAUGCCACGGGAAUUAAAUGGUUCUUGUGAAAGGUUGUCCAGUGAAGAAUACGUUUGUAUAUUGAACGAUAUCCUUCAUGUGAAUAAAAACCUCUGUGUGGCGAGACAUUUCCACCGUUUAGAUAAGGAAUCGUUAAGAACUUGGAAUAGUGAUAAACGAACGAUAGAUGUCUGGCCUGUUUGUCUUCAAAAGCCGGGAGAAACAGGUUUAGGCUGGGGUAAUAGCUCGCUCUUCUUGUUGCAACUCGCUUGUAUACUUUCUAUGAGUUCACGUUGGCGUUCAUGCACCGUUUUACGUGUUUUUAUCUGUGUUAACAGUCUACAGGACAUGCAACGUCGUGAAAGGCAGUUGAAGCAGAUGUUAACCACGUUACGAAUUAAAGCUAGGUCACAAGUGAUGCCUUGGGAUCAUGUAGUUUGCCAUCUCGGUGAUGAUACUCCUUCUGCUCCUCCAAGAGAGUCCGUUGAUCUACCACUUCCAUAUUUAAGUGGAAUGAAUGAUCUUAUCAAGAAAAACAGUGGAGAAGCCGCUAUCUGCUUACUCGAUUUGCCGGUACCACCUGCUGAUGCUUCGUUAAGCGAAUCUUAUCUGAGCGUAAUUCGAACGCUAACAGACGGCCUUCCUCCAACGUUACUAGUUCAUGGACUUUCUUCUGUUAUAUCUACUGCACUGUAG